AUGCUUCGACAGAGCAAACUAUCUGGCUUCCACAUCCCGUCAGCCCCAGAUUGGCUAAUCGUCACACUAUUUGCUGACGACACAACGGUGUACCUAUCAGAAUACGACCACUUCUCUGACCUAUCGGCCAUACUAGACACAUGGUGCGUGGCCUCCGGGGCCCGUUUCAAUGUAAGCAAAACCGAAAUCAUCCCAAUUGGUACUACUCGCUACCGAUCGGCUGUAAUAACCUCACGCUGA